AAUAGGAACACAGCAAGGGAGAAACCCCAGGGGCUCAAACCCAAUCAGAACACCCUGGACUGCCACCCCACGAGGGGUCUGGGGUGAGGCAAUUCUUCCUGGGGUCACAGGCCCAUCUCCCAAGGCAGAGGAUGGAAUCCAUUCUUCCUGGGCUGUAAAGCCACGCUUCUCACUUUAACAAUGCACACCUGAAACGAAAUCUUUGCCUCCUUGGGUGGGGGGCACCUCACAGUGCUCGUGACGCAGCUUUGCCCCACAGCUUUAGCUUUUCUUUGGAACCUCUGAAUUUCCUUUUGCAUUUGUGAAGAGAUGAGGUUUCGCUUUAGUUCUCCAAACAGAAAUGACAUCUGGGAGAGAAAAGCCACAGCGAUGGGAAACAGGAGUCAAAGCUGUCCCACGAGGAUGUGAUGCUACUCUGUGACCUGAUGGGUGACCCGAAAGCGUCUCGUCAGGAAUCGGUGGUGUGGGACCGUGCUUGGUGGUGGAUCACUCCUCUCUCACUGGGGGCCACUUUUAUUUUACAUCUGUUGGGAUUUUCUGCUAAGGUGCCUUCUAUUCCAGCUGAGCUGUGCCUGUUUGAAUGACAAAACUGGACUUAUUUAUGCUGCUUUGGACUUGUAUUUCACAGCUAUAUUGAUCGUGAACUUUGUUGUCUUGAAUAAAAAUUAAUCUCCUGCGGGUUUUGUUAAUGGGAGAGAAAGACUGAGCCAUUGUCCUGUUCACCAAAAGGGAAGACAAGGGACCCCAGCCAACACCAUGGCUCAGGCUUUUAAUUACUGACCUCCUCUUAAUCUGCUGCUGUGAGGGAGCCUGGGCAGCAGCCAGGUGGUCCAGUGGCCACAUCCAUGACUGGAAAACCUGUGCCCACCACGCUCUGGGGCUUUAGCACCACGUUUUGCUGUCCUGGCUCUUCUCCAAGCUGUCUCUGCAUCCAGUUUGGACAAAGUGGAACCACUGUCCAAUCCAUGCUGCCUCUUCCCAUUCUUUAUCGUGGUUUUCCAGGAAAGAUCUGAGACCUCUGGGAUGCUGCUGGAGCAGGGGAAGGGCUCAAGAAGGGCUGGAUGGACCCUGUGAGUCAAUAGCUGGUCGUGCUCGACCUCUUCAUUAAUGAUCUGGGUGAUGAGGCCCAGGGCACCCUUUCUGUACCAAGUUCAGUGGUGACACCAAACUGGGAGAAGUGGAUGACCCAGCAGAGGAUUGUGCUGCUGUCCACAGGGACCUCAACAAGCUGGAGAAAUGGGUUGAUGACAACCUCUGAAGUUCAGCAAGGGGAAAGGCAAAGUCCUCCACUGGAAGAGGAACAGCCCCAUGCACCAGGACAUGUUGGGGCUGCCCUGGAGAAAAGCAGGGCACAAAAGGGCCUGGGGGUUCUGGUGGGUACCAGAACUCAUGCUCUGGGUGGUUAAACAUUAGCCAGGGAAGUGUCCUGGUGGGAAAAAAAGUGAAUGGUAUCCAGGGCUGUACUGGGAGGAAGAUGACUCUUCCCCUCUCUUCAGCCAUGGUGAGGCCACCCCCGAAGUGCUAGGUCCAUUUUGGGCUCCUCAGUGGGAGAGAGACAUGGCAGGGACUGGAGGAGUCCAAGAAAGGUCAUGAAGAUGAUGGAUAGGAACAUCUCUCCUGUGAGGAAAGGCUGAGAGAGGAGGCUCAGGGGCUCAUGGUGGUGUGACAGCACAGCACAAGCUGAACCAGGGAAAGUCCAUCUGAGCGCAAGAAAAACAGAGAGGCUGUGAAGUGUCCACUCCAUCCCUGGAGAUUUUCAAAACUGGUCACUGUCCUGGGCAGCCCAUGCCAGCUGAUCCUGCCAGAGCAGGGCUUGGAUUGGAUAAUGUAGAGAGGUCCCAGCCCACCUCCACGACCACAUCCAUGCCACUCUGCUCACCCACAGGUGUGCCUUUACACAUGCUUCCACAAGAACUUUCCUCCUUUUCUUGGCAUCUUUGAAAUCAGCACUUUCAAAUACAACACAGUUCCAAACAUGAACAUUAAAAAUUGGGUCCUCCUGGAGUGGCCACUCUGCAAGGCCCUGCGAAGUCCAUUUAUGCCUUUUGCUUUCUUACUGUCUUUGCUUCUUACAUCCAGGUAUUGCCCUGUUUUUUAAUAUUUAAUUUAAUAUUUAUAUUUAUAUAUAUUAAUAUAUAAUUAGUUAAUUUUAAUAUAUUUUAUAUAUAUUAUAUUUAUUAUCUUUUAAAUUUUUUUGUACUUAAUGCUUGAAGAACCCUAAAAGCACAGCAGUGACCACAGGAGUUUCUCUUGAGGGAGGGACAGUUUGCUGAGAGGUACCAUUCCAGCUGUCAGCAGAGCGAUGUCAAUACACCCUACUUGUGUCCCCAGGCUAAACAGGGAAGAAACCCCAGGCAGCUCCAGUGCCUUGUAGAGUGGCAGCCCUGCUCAUCUUCAUCUCCCUCCACAACUCUGUGUGCCACAUGGAAAACUUCAGGUGGAAAUGCUUCUGCUUUCACCUUUUUCCCUGCUUUGGUGGUGAGCCUGGUCCCUCAGGAGAACACAAAUACAUUCCAUGUAGUCUGGAAUGUGCAGUGCUGGUUAUGCCCCCUCCCUGCCAUGGCCUUUCCCACGGGGAAACUGAGGCCUGAACUCCUGCUGCCACUCAGGAGGCACCAAAACCCUCCUGUUGUCCCCAGGUGUCUCCUGCAGCUCUCAGCAUGGGGUGGGGCUGGGUCAUGCUGGCCACAGCCGGCAGCAGCGUGCCCCCUCAGCCCCAGCACGCCCCGGCAUCCCGCGCUGAGGCGCAGCAGGGCAGGUAACGGAGGGGAGAUUCCCUGCAUCACUUUCAUUUUUGUUUCUAGCUCUACCACCUCUGGAUUUUCCUACGAAUAUGAAAAUGCCACGCAGGAAUAAAAAGCUGGAGACGGAGCAGCAAAGCACAGCAGCUCCCCGUGACGGCCACCAGCUCAGAAGCUCCACGUCUGAACAGGAUACCUGUGGCACCCGUCAGGCACCUCUGCAUCUGAAAUUUAGCGAAUCCUGCCUGGAAUCCUCCAGUUCAUCCUCUCUGCCACCUUGGACCGCAGCCUCCUCACCUCAUCGCAAUCCAUCGCUGACUGACAAGCUUUCGUUGCCGAAAUGUGCCUCAGUCUCAGCUCACUGCUCAGUCUCGUGCUGGUGCUGGGGGUCAGCCUGGGGGCUUCCCUUCCCCAUGACGUGCCGAGGAACGGCUGCAGGCUGUCCAAGUACCAGAACAUUGCACCCGAGGAGAAGAAGGCUGUGGACAAGAUGAGACAAGAGUUUGUGAGUAUUGCUGGCGACAGGGGGCUGCGGGCUGGCAGGGGCAAGGCAGAGGGGAUGCUGAAUUCAAGACCUGAGCGACAAGGUGCAUGUUUUCUGCAGCAGUUUGGAGAUGAGGAAGUUAUUUUCCAAUUUUUCAGCCUCUCUCUUGGUUUAUGCCUGCAGGUGAGCAGCCACAAAUGCAACACCAGGCUCUUCUACCGCAAAUGGAAAGCAGCAGACCUGCCGAUGUCCGACCGAGUGCUGCUGGUGGCGGCCGAGCUGAACCUCACCACUGCCAUGCUGGAGCUGCCCGCUGUCCCCAGCUUUGCCCAAGUGCGCCGGCGGCCCCUGCAGUUCUUCAGGCAGGCCCGGGAGGAUGUGCUGGGCUGUGUGAGUGUGGAUCCUUCGCAGCAGCCCUCGGGCAGGCUCAGGCACUGGCUGCACAAGCUGCAGGCGGCCGUGCACACAGUAAGUCAGGACAGCGCGGGGACGCUUUCGGGCUGUCAGCGCCCCCACUUCAGAGCUGAUUCGCUCCAUCUCCCCCCGCAGGAGACCCCCGAGAGCACGGCGUGCCUGAGGGCCACCACCAUCCUCCACGCCCUGCAAGCGAGAAAAUUCGGCCUGGGGACAGAUAACUUUAACAACAUCAAUUCCCCUGAGGCACCCCGCUGGCGCUGA